UUUUCAUCUUCAGCCAAAGAAGCUUUCGACAGUAAAGAGAAGUUCAAAAAAGGCGGCUUUCUCAGUGUCCCGGACGAAUUCUUGGCUAAUUUUCAUCCCGGAAAACCUGCACCGGAGCCAAUUGUUUUGGAAAGGUUAUUGACAAAUUUAAACACAAGCCCUCGAGAUAAUGUUCAUUGUGUUGUGAGUGCUAUUCACGUGUUGGUCAAUACCAUCAUACAUGAACAUGUACGCCUGAAAAAGACGGAAAGUGAAAUGGCUGGUGAGGGUAUCAGUGGAGGAAGAUGUCAACUAUCAAAAGAAUCGGACAAUUCUUUGUAUUGGUAUUGUGGAGCAGGUGUGUGUAGAAUUAAACUGCGGAAGGAGACUUCCCGAAAAAACUGGCGGGGAGAUUUGUCAAAACAGUGGAAACCGGUUAUGGAGCAGGAGUUGGAAAUUUGA